UUAUUUCAAUGCACAUAGAUCCAAAAAACGACCCAUGUGACCUAGACGCUUGUCUUUCUCUCUAACAUCCAAACUUUUUACUGAAACCUCCCUUGUAACAAGCAAACAGCAACAAAGAGGAUCAAAACGAAGACUCUUUCAAAACGAAGAAGACAAUCUUGGAGUUUUACUAGUUACUAUAUAGCUUAAUUAUACACACACACUGUACCCCUCUAUACCUGAGUUGUUUAUAUAAUAGAGAGGGAAGAACAAAAGAAACAGAGGAGACGAUCAAGAGCGUAUCCGUGGAUAUGGGUAGACCACCUUGUUGCGAGAAGAUAGUGGUGAAGAAAGGACCAUGGACUCCAGAAGAAGACAUAACCUUGGUCUCUUAUAUCCAACAACAUGGCCCUGGAAACUGGAGAUCUGUUCCUAAAAACACCGGUUUGCUAAGAUGUAGCAAGAGUUGCAGACUUAGAUGGACUAAUUACCUUCGUCCCGGGAUUAAACGAGGAAAUUUCACUCAGCAUGAAGAGAAAACGAUCAUCCACCUCCAAGCUCUUUUGGGUAACAGAUGGGCAGCCAUAGCAUCAUAUCUACCUCAGAGGACCGACAACGAUAUCAAGAACUAUUGGAACACUCAUCUGAAAAAGAAACUCCAGCUGCAGCGUCAAAAUGGUAUCACCAACGAAGACAACACCGAUAUGACAGAGAUGUCGUCUUGUAACAACAACAACCACGUAUGUACCAACAGCAAAAGAAUCGCCAACAAGGGAAAAUGGGAGAAAAAGCUUCAAACAGACAUCAACAUGGCCAAACAAGCCUUGUUCCAAGCCUUAUCACUUGACCAACCAACUUCAUCGAUAUCUCCUGAUCUCGGCUCGCCAAAACCUCAUCAUCAUUCUGCCACCGCUACUUAUGCCUCAAGCACAGAUAACAUAUCUAAGUUACUACAGAACUGGACAAGCUCAUCUUCUUCAGUACCUUACACUUCAUCAUACUCCAACAACCGGAGCUCAAGCACUGGUGAAGGAGGCGUUCUUGAUCAACACGCUUUGUUCUCACCGAGCUCAGAAACUGGAUCAGUUGAUGAGAAGUUAAAUUUGAUGACGGAGACAAGUAUUUUUAAAGGUGAGAGCAAACCAAUCGUUGACACGGAAGCAACUACUGAUGAUCAUAGCUCGUUGUCUUUGAUCGAAAAAUGGUUAUUUGAUGAUCAAGGCAUGGUCCAGUGUGAUGACGAUCAAGAAGAUCUUACUGAUGUGUCUUUACAGGGUAAAAAUACUGAUAACAACUGUCAAGAUGUAUUCUAGGAACAUGGAGCAACACUAUAGAUCUACCAAGUGUAGGUAGUCUAGUGGUCGUCCUAUCAUCCAUAAUGAGGUUGCUCUCUGCACCCUAGUUCGAACCUUGUUUGGGUGAGAUGUAUUUAUCAUAAAAUGGUCACGGCCGAGAAAAAGCUACGGGUCAAAAGAUUCCAAAACUUCCGUGAGAGAAAAAAAAAACUAUAUAGGUUACUUUUUAUUAUUAUU